UCGUGAGCAGUGUCAGAUUUGCCAGCAAGAUUUCAACUGCAUUAGUCCUUUACAUUUUCUGUACUUGUUGUGCUUCCCCUUCGUUGUCAUUUAUCGUUCAAACAUCCGGAAGUAUCUACUUUUCCUUAAAAAGCAUUUUGUAUUUUCUGCAUCUUUGGCUGAAAAGUUAUCAGUGUCAAGUAUAAUCUGGCCAAGAUUUACUUUUUUCCCCCUCUUUUCUUCCCUCGCUCUUUUUUGGACUUGAUCGUAUUGCAGGAAGUCACUUGCGUCCUGCCCAUCAGUGACUUCUCUGUAUAUUAUGGUCAAAUUGCUGUGAUACAAUCUGAGAGCCAGUUCCUCCCGAGGCAGGCAGCAUGUCAAACUGGCGCUGGACUGAAAACUUUGCAUUUUUGGUGGCGCUGCACAUUGUCUUACUACUAAUUGGCAUAACAUUAGCCAAUCCACCUGAAGGGGAUCGACUCGAUGGUGCGAAGCAGCGACGCACAUCCGGAAAACUGGAAAACUUACCGACUACGGUGCCUUUCCUGCUGCAGGAUGGAGAACUCAGACCCCUCAGCCAUCUCCAGUCUAUGAGUCACCCGCCGUCACUGAAGUUAUUGAUUGAAGCUGAGGGCCAGCAGCUGCUCCUCACCCUGGAAAAAAACGAGGGGCUGUUUGCAAGUCAUUAUACUGAAACACAUUACCUAGAGGACGGAAGUGCUAUCACUGGAACUCAGAACCUGACGGUAAACUGCUAUUAUCAUGGCAAGGUCCAGGGAUAUCCUGAUUCCGAGGUCAGCCUUAGUGCCUGCACUGGUUUAAGAGGAUUUGUGUCAUUCAAAAGCAAAACCUUCAUCCUGGAGCCCGCGUUCGACCCAGACAACGCAACGCACCUGAUUUAUCGGGGGGAAGAGGUUUACAUUCCUGCUGGCACUUGUGGUCAUGGAUUCAAUAUAUCAGCUUUUGUCCCAGACAAGAAAGGAGGCUCUUCUGCCAGGAACAAAAGACAUACUCAGAAGACCACAAAGUACGUGGAGCUGAUCAUCGUGGCCGACAACAGAGAGUUUCAGAAACAAGGGAAGGACAUGGAGAAAGUGAAACAGAGGCUAGCUGAGAUUGCUAAUUAUGUGGACAAGUUCUACAGGGCCCUAAACAUCCGAGUGGCCCUUGUGGGCCUGGAAGUAUGGAGCGACACGGACAAGUGUGCCAUCACGCAGGACCCUUUCACUACGCUGCAUGAAUUCCUCGACUGGAGGAAGCUGAAGCUGCUGCCUCAGAGACCUCACGACAAUGCACAGCUUGUCAGUGGAGUCUACUUUCAAGGCACCACCAUUGGCAUGGCGCCCAUAAUGAGCAUGUGCACAGCGGAGCAGUCAGGUGGCAUCGUCAUGGAUCAUUCGGACAAUCCUCUCGGGGCUGCGGUUACCCUGGCACAUGAGCUUGGACACAAUUUUGGAAUGAACCACGACACACCAGAGAGGGGGUGUGGCUGUCGCAUGACAGUAGACCGAGGCGGCUGCAUCAUGACCCCUUCCACAGGGUACCCGUUUCCCACGGUGUUCAGCAGCUGCAGUAAGAAAGAUCUGGCAGCCAGCCUGGAAAAGGGAAUGGGCAUGUGUCUGUUCAACAUGCCCGAGGUCAAGGUUCUCUACGGGGGGCAGAAGUGCGGCAACGGCUACGUGGAGGAGGGCGAGGAGUGCGACUGCGGCGAGCUGGAGGAGUGCAUGAACCCCUGUUGCAAUGCCACGACCUGCACGCUGAAGGGCGACGCUGUCUGUGCACAUGGACAGUGCUGUGAGGAUUGCAAGCUGAAGCCAGCAGGAACAUCGUGCAGGGAGUCCAGCAACGCCUGCGACCUGCCUGAGUUCUGCACGGGCGCUGGUCCGCACUGCCCCGCCAACGUGUACCUGCACGACGGCCACUCCUGCUAUGACCUGGACGGCUUCUGCUACAACGGGGUCUGCCAGACCCACGAGCAGCAGUGCAUCACGCUGUGGGGCCCGGGAGCAAAGCCAGCACCCGGCAUUUGCUUUGAGAGAGUUAACUCUGCCGGGGAUCCGUAUGGGAACUGUGGAAAAGAUGGCAAGGGGUCGUUCGCCAAAUGUGACGCGCGAGAUGCUAAGUGUGGAAAAAUCCAGUGCCAGGGAGGAGCCAAAAGGCCUGUCAUCGGCACAAAUGCGGUCUCCAUCGAAACCAACAUCCCCCUGCAGGAGGGCGGGCGCAUACUGUGCCGAGGGACACAUGUCUACCUAGGGGACGACAUGCCUGAUCCAGGUCUCGUCCUUACAGGAACCAAAUGUGGCAAUGCCAUGAUGUGUCUGAACCGGCGAUGCCAGAACAUUAGUGUGUUUGGGGUGCAUGAGUGCUCAAGGAACUGCAACAGCCGUGGGGUAUGCAACAACAAGAAGAACUGCCACUGUGAGAUGAACUGGGAGCCGCCCUUCUGUGACAGACCGGGUUUUGGGGGAAGCGUGGACAGCGGCCCCAUGAGGCUGACAGCUGAUGCCGAAGGGGUGACAGUGGCUGUCGUGAUGACAGUACUGAGCCUCGUGGCUCUUGGGCUCAUUGCGUGCCUCAAACGGAAAACUCUCCUCAGGCUGCUACUGACUAACAAGAAGACAGCCAUCGAAAAGUUAAGGUCUGUGGGCACAAACCGACCCCCCAAUCCAAAUCACUCGCAUUCCACAUGCAGGUCCUCUCCUCCUCAACCCCCCCCAGCUAAGCUGCCAAGCGCCAGUAUAUAUAAGCUGACUCACCUGUGUUCCCAGUCUCAGCUUUCGGGGCAGAACUUGCACACCCCCAACUUGCGCAGGCUACCCCAGUGCCAGCCAAUCCACAUCAGCGGCCCCUUGUCCCUGGGCACCGGACGCACGCAGCCCCCCACCCCUCAAAAGGCCCCCGCUCGCCAUGCUGAUCCCCCACCGAGGGGUGCAGCGUUCCACAGCCUCCCACGCCAGCCCCUCUUCAGGGACAACUGGGAAAGUGAGAAACCCAGGCCUCCACAGAAGCCCCUCCCUGCAGACCCCCUAGGGAGGACCCCUCGCCUUGGACGUGGCACUUCACCCAUAGGUGGCCGCGUCUCUUUGCCCGUCCCUGUCCCCAGUGUCCCCAGACCUGUGCCUCCUGUCCCACAGCCUGUCAGGUCUGCGCCCAAACAAAUUCCCAGGCCUCACAUCACUGCAGACAGGAAGUAGAGGAGCAAAGCGCAGGAUGCCAGUCUAAAGAUGAAGACCCUCAUUUGCACUAUGGAACCCUUUGCACCCCUAGACUUGGGCGUCUCUGGUGUUUUGAAGAUAAGGACUGAGCGUACACCUUGGUGCUCUGCCUCAGAAAGGUGCUGUGAGUCCUUGCUCAGGUGCUUGUAAAUUAUUUAUAUGCUGUAUUUAUUAGUGAUGGCCAAAUGAAGCUUCGUGAACCGUUUGUUGUAUUUUCUGACCCCACUAGAUGGUGCUCUCUGUUCAAAAA